AUAAACAACGCGACUUGAAUUAUUACUUCAAAUUUUAACGAUCGAUUCCGAACAAAUAAAAUACAGUGAGCUUUUUCCCGAAAAUCUGUGCAACAAUUGACACCGAGAUGGCUUUUAAAUUUCUAAUCGUUAUGAUCACAACGGUGGUUUCAGUAUCAGUAGCGAAACCAAUCAUGGUAUCAUUUGGCACAAACCAUGGCCCCAUCAUCGCUCCGACAGUAUCUUCAUCAACGGCAAACCCAUUGGCACCGAGAAGUGCUCCAGCAGUUUACGAGAAAAUCGAAGACGACGUUCCCAAUACCUUCCAUUACAAGGCACCAACUCCACACCAGUACAGGAAGCAAAUACUAUCUCACAAACCUAACCCGAAUCUGAUCUUAGGCACUCCCCUGGACAUCAAGUUUACACCGGCGCUGCAAAAGUAUGAUAUCUACAAUAGAAAAUCGAAGUUUGCAAAGGCCAUUGGAUUAGACUACACCGGUCCCCAAUAUUUCGAAGUUCAGCAAUACGAAGUCGACAAAAUAGCUAGGCAGGUGGAGAACAAGAGUCAGAGCAGUUCUCAACACUUUGUCCAACAAUAUACCACCCAGAGGAGAUACGACAACCAGGAACCAAAGGUGCAGAAUGCUCAGCAGGUCAAGCAAGUUGUGUACCAAGUGCACGAACCGCAGAACAGCGUCUCCAGUUACCAAUACAACUUCAACAAGAACAACAAUCAAUACGUACCGGAAAUUGGAGUCAUUUACUCAUCUGGCUUGAGGUAUUACGUGCCGCAGAUCGUUUACUACAACCAAGAAGAGAACGAGAACUCGGUCUACGACAAAAGCGAACCAAAAUACUACCACCAUAGGCCUCAGUAACUUAUUCAAUUAGCGUUAGAUUAACUCAGUACAUGUAUUAAAUUCUUUAUCAAAUGAAAGAGAAACCUUUUUCCAGUGCCAAUGCAAAUAUUUACUAGUUACAACAUAUAUUAUUGCUUUCUUUACGAUGAAUCUGCAAUGCUGUGUCAUACAGAAAAUAUUGAUGCAAAUAAAAAACAAAAUAAUAUAAUAAAUCUGUAAAUACUAUUCCAUUCCCUCGAUUAGAGAUAAUUUACAAUUUCUUUAUCCUUGGCAUUAAGAGCCAAAGACCUCAUUAGAUGUGUGCUAGUGCUAUACAUAUGUUUUUUUUUAUACUAUUUCGCACAAGGUUAACGAUAUGAUUUAUAUUAUA